UGAAAUUUAUGUCUCCACUUUAAACUGACAACUGUCAUAAUAAUUUUGAUCUAAUAUAUGAAAAUACAUAUAUGUUCUUUGGUUCCUAGACAGCAUUUCCAACAAACUGAUGGAGUCUGACUAAGUAGUUUAUAAGAGAGAAAUGACGGCAAGGGUUAGUUCUAAAUUUUCAGUAUAUUCGACAGUAACGUAAAACACAAAAAUAAAAAAGUCUAGGAACUGUCUUAACGGCAUUCAAACCGAAUACGCAUCCGCCAAUAUGCCCACUACGAUGGAUCAGCUGCAUCAGCUAACGAAUAAUGAGCUGUUCCUCAUGUGCCACAAAUAUCACAUUGCGGCACGUCAAAUUGCAUAUCUCUCUCGUCGGCAGUUGGAGCGCAGGCUGCACGUGGCCAUUAUUGCGGAACGCGCCAGGAUGCGCGCCCAUGACCUUGUGAACAGCAUACGGAACCAGGAGGACCAACUGAAUCUUCAUGGUUGGCUCAGAGAGUUGCCUAUUCUAAGUCGUCAGAUGCCGCUGUCGAGUUGGCGCAACUUUCCUGUACGCAGGCAAAGAUACUAUUUGCCGAUUUCUCAGCGGUUUCGUGGCGGCGUCGAUUAUCUCAAGCAUCUGGAGUACCUAAGACACUAUGAGGAAGAGUACGAUGCAGUCACAUCCCAAGAUGAAUCACAAGAAAGUGUUGAAGAUGAGUCGGAGCAAACGGAUUCGAUGCACGAGAUAAAACAACAAUGGCAGGAUGCGUAUACAAGCCGCGACGAGCCGAUGACAGCAAUGAGCACGAACUAUAUCGAGUGGGAUACGGCCAGAGAGACGGCAACCAACGAUUACUAUCCGUUAAGUACUGCUGAUGAAAGUCAGAGCACAGUAUGCUCGGACUGCGUCGGUCACAAUCAGUUGCAAAAAGCAGAUAAGUUUGCCUGUUGGACAAUUUCCUUACACAACUUGUCGCCAGAAUCAGAACGCGAAAUGGAUCCCUCGUCGGAGCAAGAACUUUGCACCAUUAACUAUCUGGAAGAGUUGCAACCAAGGGAUCACAUCAAUCAGAAGAGCUUCAAGGAAUUGAUAGAGAUAAGUGAGGACCUAAGCAAAGGUGACUCGCUGUCUAUCAAUCAACCUCCCCCUCGUCAACGACGCUCUUUUUGGCGCUAUGUUUUUGAAUUGCUUUGUUGUAAUUCUCAGGGAAAACUGGAUGCUGGAAAACUGCGAUAUUCCAUUGUAUGCUGUACCAUGUUAAUCUGCACUUAUGUGGGCUUUAAAAUGCUUCGAUAAUUUAUUCAGAUGCAUAACUUUCACAUUUGUAAAUAAACUUAAUUAUAUUUCUAAUCAACGCCAUAAAUAAUAUUGUA